AUGAAGUGCUUCCAUUUCACCACUAGCAGCGGCGAUGAGGACGACGAGCAGGAUGGCAUCAUGUCGCGCAGGGUCUCGUGGGCCCGUUCCCUUAGCGUGGCGUCCACCAACCUGGACUCGCGGCGCUCCGAGUUCGACACCGAGUCGCGCCGGGACUGGACCGACCCGUCCGACUUGUUCCGAGAUUUUCUGAGUCAGGGUCGAGCCAAUGAUCUGCGCGUGUUCUCCUUCUCCGAGCUGAAAUCGGCCACGCGGGGGUUCAGCCGGAGUCUCAUGAUUGGCGAAGGUGGGUUCGGCUGCGUUUACAGGGGCCGGGUUGAGCUGCCGGAUCUUCUAGGGUCGGGUUUCAAGUCCGAGGUGGAUGUUGCUAUCAAGCAGCUGAAUCGAAAUGGAUGCCAGGGGCAUAAGGAAUGGAUAAAUGAAGUCAAUUUUUUGGGUGUGGUGAAACACCCAAAUCUUGUGAAGUUAAUCGGAUAUUGUGCGGACGAUGAUGAAAGGGGUAUCCAGCGUCUGCUGGUCUAUGAGCUUAUGCAUAAUAAAAGCUUGGAAGAUCAUUUGUUGACCCGCUCGGCAUCUACCACUCUCCCGUGGAUAAUGAGAUUAAAGAUUGCCCAAGAUGCAGCUCGGGGGUUGGCAUACCUUCAUGAAGAAAUGGAAUUUCAGUUAAUCUUUAGAGACUUGAAGACUUCUAACAUCCUUCUAGACGAAGACUUCAAUGCCAAACUGUCGGACUUUGGACUCGCUAGGCAGGGUCCACCUGCUGGAUUGGGCCAUGUCUCAACAUCUGUUGUUGGUACAGUAGGUUAUGCUGCUCCAGAAUACGUGCACACGGGCAGGCUGACUGCCAAAAGUGACGUGUGGAGCUUUGGCGUUGUUCUGUAUGAGCUGAUCACAGGGAGGCGAGUGCUGGAGAGAAACCUUCCACGUGGCGAGCAGAAGCUUCUGGAAUGGGUAAGGCCUUACGUGUCGGACCAGAAAAAGUUUCACCUCAUUUUGGACCAGAGGCUCCAAGGACACGACUGCAUGAAGUCUGCCCAGAAGCUUGCUUCCUUGGCCAACAAGUGCCUGAUGAAGCAGCCGAGGUCACGUCCUAAAAUGAGUGAGGUCACUGAAAUGUUAGAGAGCAUCAUUGGUGAAGCUGUGCCUCCUGAUGAAUCUGGGUCUGAGGCUGCGGACAAAACGAGAAACAAUGGCCGGUGGAAAGGUUUCGAUUUUAAAGAGCUAGUGAUGAGGAACAGGACGAUUGGGAAGUUGGAUUGGAGAAACUGGACUCCCAAUCUAGUACUGAGGACGUGA